UAAGGAUUUAUUUCUACAGAGUGCAGCUAUGGAGGAGACCGUCAUAUGGGAACAGCACACAGUAACUCUACACAGGGCACCAGGGUUUGGCUUUGGGAUAGCCAUCUCGGGAGGUCGGGAUAACCCUCAUUUUCAGAGUGGUGAGACCUCCAUCGUCAUCUCCGACGUCCUGAAGGGGGGUCCAGCCGAGGGCCUACUGCAGGAGAAUGACAGAGUCACGAUGGUCAACGCUGUCUCCAUGGACAACGUGGAACAUGCAUACGCAGUCCAGCAACUACGAAAAAGUGGCAAGAAUGCUAAAAUUACGAUCAGACGGAAGCGGAAGGUGCAUGUACCCAUGGGUCGGCUGGGGGAGAGGGCGACCAUGUCGGAGCAUGAUGAUGAGGAGGAGGAUGAGGAAGAUAGCUACGACGAGGAGAUAUACGAGACGCGCUCCGCACGCAGCGGCCCCAGCGCCUACAGCGCCGUGGGUGGGGCCUCGGCCCGGCGCAGCGGGAGGAGCGCCGGAAGGCGGGACAAGGACAAAGAGCGGGAACGCAGUGGCUCACGGGAGAGGAGUCUCUCCCCGCGCGCCGACCAGCGCUCGCUCAACCAGCCCCCGCGGCCCGCCAAAGUCAUCCUCGUAAAGUCCCGAAAGAAUGAAGCAGAAUAUGGCCUUCGCCUGGCCAGCCACAUCUUCGUGAAGGACAUCUCACCCGAGAGCCUGGCGGCCAGGGACGGAAACAUACAGGAAGGGGACGUAGUACUGAAGAUCAACGGCACGGUGACAGAAAACCUGUCGUUGAUAGAUGCUAAGAAGCUGAUUGAGAGGUCAAAGGGCAAGCUAAAGAUGGUGGUGCAGAGAGACGAGAGAGCUACGCUGCUGAACAUACCAGACCUGGACGACAGUAUCCCAUCAGCCAACGCCUCCGACAGAGACGACAUUUCAGAUAUCCAUUCGGUGGCGUCCGACCAUUCCAACCGAUCCCAUGACAGACGUCGUAGCAGCCGGUCCCGCUCCCCUGACAGGCGGUCUGAACCCUCCGACCACUCCAGACACUCCCCUCCACAGAUCAGCAACGGCAGUCACAGAAGUCGUGAGGAGGAGGAGAGGGUCUCGAAGCCGACAGCGGUGCCACCCAAGCUGGCAGAGGAGGCUCCUGCCCUGCCCAAACCCCUGGAGAAGUCUGUCACCAGGGAGGAGAAACCGGUCCCUCCUCUACCAGAACCCAAGCCAGUAUAUGCCCAGCCAGGCCAGCCUGAUGUGGACCUGCCAGUCAGCCCCGCUGAAGCCCCUGUGCCCAGCGCUGCCCAUGAUGACAGCAUCCUACGGCCGAGUAUGAAGCUGGUGAAGUUUAAGAAGGGGGAGAGUGUGGGUCUGAGGCUGGCAGGGGGGAACGAUGUGGGCAUCUUUGUAGCCGGAGUCCUGGAGGAUAGCCCUGCAGCUAAGGAGGGUCUGGAGGAGGGGGACCAAAUUCUCAGGGUUAAUAAUGUGGAUUUUGCUAAUAUAAUCCGAGAGGAGGCGGUGCUGUUCCUCCUUGACCUCCCUAAAGGUGAAGAGGUCACCAUCCUGGCCCAGAAGAAGAAGGAUGUGUACCGGCGAAUCGUGGAGUCUGAUGUGGGUGACUCGUUCUACAUCCGGACCCACUUUGAGUAUGAGAAGGAGUCUCCGUACGGCCUGAGCUUCAACAAGGGAGAGGUGUUCAGAGUGGUGGACACCCUGUACAACGGCAAGCUGGGAUCCUGGCUGGCCAUCCGCAUCGGGAAGAACCACCAGGAAGUGGAGAGAGGCAUCAUACCUAACAAGAACAGAGCGGAGCAGCUGUCCAGCAUGCAGUACACCCUCCCUAAGACAGCAGGGGGCGACAGGGCAGACUUCUGGAGGUUCAGGGGCCUGAGGAGCUCCAAGAGGAACCUGAGGAAAAGCAGAGAGGACCUGUCGGCCCAGCCCGUACAGACCAAGUUCCCCGCUUACGAGAGGGUGGUGCUGAGAGAGGCUGGUUUCCUCAGACCGGUGGUGGUAUUUGGACCCAUCGCAGACGUGGCACGAGAGAAAAUCUCCCGGGAGGAGCCUGAUCUGUUUGAACUUGCUAAGAGUGAACCUAGAGACGCAGGGACAGACCAGCGUAGUUCAGGAAUCAUCCGUCUCCACACUAUCAAGCAGAUCAUCGACAGAGAUAAACAUGCAGUCCUGGACAUCACCCCCAACGCGGUGGAUCGUCUGAACUACGCCCAGUGGUAUCCCAUCGUGGUGUUCCUCAACCCGGACAGCAAGCAGGGCGUCAAGAACAUGAGAACCAGGCUCUGUUCCGAGUCCAGGAAGUCAGCCCGGAAACUCUACGAGAGAGCCUUGAAACUAAGGAAGAACAACCACCACCUCUUCACCACCACCAUCAACAUGAACAACAUGAACGAUGGCUGGUACGGAGCUUUGAAGGAGACCGUCCAGCAGCAACAGAACCAGUUGGUCUGGGUGUCAGAGGGCAAGGCGGACGGCGCGCCGGACGAUGACCUAGACAUCCAUGAUGACCGUCUGUCAUAUCUGUCAGCCCCGGGCAGUGAGUACUCCAUGUACAGCACGGACAGCCGCCACACUUCUGACUAUGAGGACACGGACACAGAGGGCGGGGCCUACACUGACCAGGAACUAGACGAGACGCUCAAUGACGAGGUUGGCCUGCCCACUGAGCCAGCCAUCACCCGCUCCUCAGAGCCAGUCAGAGAGGACCCGCCAGUCAUCCAGGACCCCUCGUCUGGUGGUUACUCUGGAUACCAGCACGACCCGGCCAACUGCGUCGACCCGUCCGAGUUCAAGAUGUCCGCCACUCCUCAGCAGAUGUACAAGAAGGAUCUGUACAGUCUGGAGGAACCAGUGAGAGUGAACCACGGCGGCAUGAAGUCAUCUCUGAGCUACACCCAGCAGCCCUACCAGGACAAACAGCCAUACCGCCAGUACGACCACCCGCCUUACGCCUUCUGUAGCGACAGGGGGGGCUACGCCGAACCAAAGCCUCCCCAGGGGAACUUUGACUCUCACCUGCACUACGACAACCGUGUGCCUCAAAACUACGAUGAUGGCCGGUGGCCCCCCUACGACCAGCAGACCUCUUCUCCCCAGCCCCCGGGGUACCAGCCUGCCCUGGUCCACCAGCAGGGUUACACCCCCAGGGGGACCACCCCCUAUGAGGACGGCCCCGUCAGGGACUACAGCCCCCCACAACCCCGCUACAAUGAGGCCCCGGCGGGGAUGCAGGGCUACGACGGCAAGCCUCGUCACGGUAAACCUCCAGGGCCAAUGCGGUAUGAUGAACCGUCUCUCCCGCCCUCGGCUGGCCCUUACGACGCCUGCUCUCCCUACGAGCCCGAGCCCCCUCACGGCUACUGCCUCAGCUCUCCCCGCUCCCCGGAACCCCCCAAGCAGUAUUACGGAGACUCUGCUCCUGUCAUGAGGCCCUCCUAUAACCCGGUGCCUCCCAGCCGGGGCGGUGGCUACAACCGUGAACCUCUAAUGACCUCUGACCCGCCCCUUCCCCCUCACAAACCUGAGCCCUUGGCCUCCCCGGGAGAGAUGGGGGUAAACGCGGGGUCCAAACCCCUCCCUCCACCGCCCCGGGGAGAGGAGGAAAGGGACGACCCAGCCAUGAAGCCCCAGUCGGUGCUCAACAGGGUCAAGAUGUUUGAGAAUAAGAGGUCGGUGUCUGUGGACCGGGCCAAGGAGGCUGGCGACUCCACCGUGAUGAGGCCUGCGGACCUGCCCAGACCUAUGACUGCACCUGGUCCUUUCCCCAAAGCCAACUCCCUCAGCAACCUGGAGCAGGAGAAACCUACUUACAGAGCCCCAGAGCCCCAGAAUCCCCCUGGGUCUAAACCCCUGGAUGACGUGUCCCACUCCUCCAACCACUACGAUGCUGACGAGGAUGAGGAGUAUUACAGGAAGCAGCUGUCCUACUUUGACCGCCGCAGCUUCGACAGCAAGGCCAUGAACCCCACCCCCGGGGUCAACCGCUUCCCACCACAGACCCAGCUAGCUUACCCUUACAACAGGGCGGAGUCUGUGGAGAAGGUGAGUCCGGUAGAGAAGAGGUACGAGCCCCUCCCCCAGAUCAGUCCUGUCUCCCAGUACGGACCCCCCAGCCCUGCCGUACCACCCAACAGCCUGCCCAAACUCACCACCAAUGAUGUGAACUCACAGCCCGACCAGCUCCUCAGCGCCUCUCCCAAACACGAUCUCUCCGGCCUUCGCCCCUCUACCCUCCAGGAUCUCCCCUCCCAGCCCUACCUGGCCCAGAGGUCCCCAGUGGGGGUCAACGGCACCGACGCACCCCCCAAAACCCCUGGAACCACCCCCACCCCACAAAGCUACAACCGAUAUGUCCCUAAGUCUUACACCUCCUCGGCCCGGCCCUUCGAGAGGAAGUUUGAGAGCCCCAAGUUCAACCACAACCUCCUCCCCAACGACCUCCUGAUCAGUAGCAGCAACCCCAAACCCAGUGUGGUCAACAACAACAGCAGGACCAAGCCGGCGCUGUCUCCUCAGGCCCUGGACCACGACAGUGGACUGGACACGUUCACACGCACCAUGGACAACAGGGGGCCCAAGUACCAGCAGCACAACAACUUAGUCAACAAUGCUGUUCCCAAGGCCAUACCUGUCAGUGUUCUGGAUGAUGAUGAGGAGGAUGAAGGUCACACAGUGGUGGCCACGGCCCGGGGGAUCUUCAACUGUAACGGCGGGGUGCUGAGCUCCAUCGAGACGGGAGUCAGCAUCAUCAUCCCCCAGGGAGCCAUCCCAGACAGCAUAGAACAGGAGAUCUAUUUCAAGGUCUGCCGGGACAACAGCAUCCUGCCCCCCCUGGACAAGGAGAAAGGAGAGACCCUGCUCAGCCCUCUGGUGAUGUGUGGGCCUCACGGUCUUCAGUUCCUGAAGCCGGUGGAGCUGCGUCUACCUCACUGUGCGUCUAUGACCCCCGAUGGUUGGUCUUUUGCUCUAAAAUCCUCCGACUCCUCGUCGGGUGACUCCAAGACAUGGCAGAACAAGUCUCUCCCAGGAGACCCCAACUACCUGGUAGGAGCCAACUGUGUGUCUGUGCUCAUCGACCACUUCUGA